UGUGUGUGUGUGUGCGAGUGAGUGAGUGAGUAUGUGCCUGCCUGCCAGCCGCCACUCUAUCAUUCUUCCUUCGUUCGUUUUCAGUACAUUUUCGCUUCUCGGUGCAACAAGUCGUCAUUGUCGUCGUUGUUGCUGUUGCACGCCCGCUACGCUGCUGUCGCAAAGAGACUGAGGAGACUGGAUAGCCGCGCCACAAUAACAAAUACACUCCCAAAUAGAAAGUGAACAAGCCAAACUGAGCUGAAGAUGCCCUUCUCCGAUCUCCGAUAAAAACGCAGAAUGCAGUGCAAUCAUCACCUGAAGGGAGUCAACUGCUCCCAAAGCGGCAGCUCGCUCGACUACAGCAGCGAUAUAAACGCUAUUAGCGUGGAACUGGCUGACGUUGAAGACAAUCCAUCAAUUAAUGGACUGAAGUACUUACCUCUCUGGCCAGCGGUAAACAUAGAGUUCUCUGGACUAACGUACGAAGUGCCUGAUCAGGGAAAUGCCCAAAAGGCAAAACAAAUUUUACGUGACGUAAAUGGAGAGUUCCGAUCUCACGAGCUAACCGCGAUCAUGGGACCCUCUGGAGCAGGAAAGACAACCCUUCUGAAUUUACUGGCAGGAUUUGGUGCCGUUGUUUCAUCUGGCGAGAUCCUGGUCAACAACAGUCCGCGGAACAUGCGAAUCUUUCGCAAGAUGUCUCGCUACAUUAUGCAGACAGAUAUUCUCGACCUACAGUUCACUGUGAGAGAGCUGAUGCUCUUAGCGGCAAACUUGAAACUGGGCAAUGAAUUAAAGUUGGCCCAAAAGCUUGAAGUGAUCGAAGAAAUCUUGGGCAUGCUCCGCUUAACAAGUGCACAGAACACAAAGGCAGAAAAGAUUUCAGGCGGAGAGCGCAAACGGCUUUCAAUUGCGCUGGAACUGGUUAACAAUCCACCUAUUAUUUUCUUGGACGAGCCAACAACCGGACUGGACGAUCUAUCAAGCUCACAAUGCAUUUCGCUUCUGAAAAUGUUGGCAAACGGCGGUCGCACUGUCAUCUGCUCCAUCCAUACGCCGUCUGCCAAGAUUUUCGAUAUGAUUGACAAGGUGUACGUGCUCGCUGAGGGUCAGUGCAUUUACCAGGGAAGCGGAGCGAACAUUGUGCCUUAUAUGAAUCACAUCGGCCUAUCUUGCCCGCUCACAUACAACCCAGCUGACUUCAUAAUCGAAGUGGCGUGCAAUGAGUACGGCAACAGCUACCACGAGCGCAUGGUGACGGCCGUGAACAAUGGAAGGGUCGCACGAUGGGGUCCAUCUACUGGUAACGGCAAGGAAACUCCAACCAAAUCGGAUACGACAUCCGGUGCAUCCUCAUACUACGAGGUCGAACAGUUCGAGGAGGAAAUCAACCCGAAAUUAUUAAUUUCCAAGUCCACCUGGUGGAUGCAGUAUAAAUUGCUCCUCACACGUAUGCUCCUCCAAAUGUGGAGGGACAAGUCCUACAUCAAGCUGAAAUUUUAUAUGAACUUAAUUCUUGCGUUGCUUGUCGGCUGCCUCUAUGAAGGAGUGGGACGACAGGCUUCGAAAGCCCUAUUUAAUUUUGGCUUUAUGUUCACCAUUGUCAUAGCUUACCUAUAUCUACCCAUGAUGCCAGUGCUCUUGCAAUUUCCCACAGAGAUCAAGCUCCUGAAACGCGAAUAUUUCAAUCAGUGGUACCGACUGAGCUCUUACUACGCCGCAAUGAUCUCUGCGAAACUUCCCUUAAUGUUUGUGCUCGCCGUCAUAUACCUGUCAAUUGUGUACUUAAUGUCAAGCCAGCCCCUGGAAUGGUUCCGCUUCGCCAUGCUGUUCACUGUAGCUUUUCUAACGGCCUUAACCUCAGACAGCUUUGGCCUCAUGAUAUCCAGCAGGCUUAGCUUGGUGAAUGGCAUGUUCAUGGGACCAGUUGUUGCCGUUCCCCUAAUUCUGCUUUCUAUUUACGGCAUGGGCUACGGGAAGGAUACAUACAUCUCGCCAAUUAUGCGGUUUCUGAUGUCGCUCAGCUUCCUACGCCACGGCCUGGAGGGUCUAGUGGCUGCCUUAUAUGACUAUGGUAGAGGCGAUACGAUUUGUGAUACAGAAAUCUUCUGCAUGUUUAAGAAGUCACAGUUUUUAUUGGUGUUCCUUGGAUUUGAGAACAUAAGCUAUUUGUGGUCCGUCAGCUGUUUAUUUGGCUUCUACAUUGCGUUCACAGUUGCUGCAUAUCUGAUGCUACGUCAUCGGCUAAAACAAUCGGUAGCAAAUCCGAUUGUAACCUUUGUAUUCCACAUGCUGACAAAAUAUUUCAAUUUCACUUCAUAUAAAUAUUAAAAAUUUAUUUCGGGAAAAAAUUACAAUUGCAAUAAUGUAUGAACAUGUUUCUUUGUGAAUAGCAAUUAAGUAGUCGUAUAAAUAACGUAAUAUAUAAGACCUUGUGAUAAGUUUUACGCGUCCCAAGUGGUAACCUCUUUAAAACUUCCCGCCAAGGCCGAGUAAUGUUUAAAGCGGAUAAGCAUCACAUUCCCCUUUUUACAGUUAUACACUUGUGUUACCAACCCUAUAAGUAAAUAAGCUGGAAUAAGCUGAUAUUCAAAUAAACUAAGUGAUAUUUUAGUCAAAGAUAACUAUCAUUGUAUAAAAUAACGAAGA